UGCCGUCGUGAUGUUACUAUUGCACCCGAUUAUUCCCUCUCGGCGAAGACUUGCGAAUUUCCCAAACCACGACCAUGAAGGCUGUAUUCUUUGCUUUUCUCCUGGUGGUAGUGCUGGGGUCGGCUUACCUCUCGGACGCUGCCUGCAACCCGUCCCUCUGUAAAUCAAUCUGCGGCAGAUUGGGCUACGGCUGGUGGCGGUGCUCGGGCAACAUCUGCUACUGCAGCAAUUUCUUGAACGCAGCCCAAGAGCCGGACGUGGCCAAGGAAGUCAGCUUCAACGUCGACAAGCUCGCCAAGGCUUUUGAGCACUAAAUUACCUAUGCCUAACAACAAAAUCCGAUCCUUCGGAUGAAAUCAUUGUAUUUGCCUAAAAUAAAGUACUCAAAAAUUUUCUGAGCAUCA